AUGCACCUCCACCUUUGGACAUCGCUAGUCACCCUCCUAGCCCUAGCUCCCCACGCAACAGCAUUCUUCGGCAGCAUAAACAUCCCCCCCCCAGAGCUUAUCCCCGAGAAAUGCAGACCCACCCUCCAAAAAGCCCAAGUCGAAGGCGACAACUUCCUCACCUACAUGAAAAUCUUCUGCGACCAAUCCUCCUGCGAAAAGAACCUCACCUUUGACAAAAUUACCGAGUCUGAUAUCGACAGCAUCACGAAUAAAGUCCUCCACUGGGCGUGGAAGAGAGUUAACCCCCCACUGUCUUUGAAGCACGAUAUCAUGCCUUUCUAUAAAGAGGUUAAGGAGGAUUGUUUCAAGUCGAACACUGAGUUCCAGGAUCUGUUUACCAGCAACACUCGGCAUGCGUGUGAGACUGAGAAGAGCGAUAAGUUAUUUACAGAUAUUGUGAGCAAUUGUGUGAUUACGAAGGUUGCGCAGAAGUAUUUGCACAGGUUGUUCAUAAUGUAG